CGGGUGCUGAUUACUGAUUAUUACACAAAGCUUGGCUUUGUUACAAGAGCUUCCAAAUGGAAAGAAAAACUUUGGCUCUGAAGAGGAUGAUUGAGAAACAUUCUCCUAAAAAGGAAAACCUGGACCCUCGAAAGUGGAUAAGGCCGGAGACUGUGAGGGGGUUUGGCGACUUUGUUGCGAACAAGCGUACAAGCAAAGAGACAGACAACAGUUUUGAUGACGUAGAGAUGUUGCUCGAGGCUGAGAAGCAGUUUAUUGAAGCAGCUAAGAGGAACGACGUGGAGACCAUGACAGAUCUCGGAAGAGGACUGAACGCUAAUGUAAAGAAUGUGCAUAAUAGGACUGCCCUUCACUUUGCAGUGGCUGGCACAAACACAGAAGCUGUGAAGCUUCUGCUACAGCGAAGGGUCAAAGUGGACCAAAAGGACAAGUAUGGUGUAGCACCCAUUCAUUUGGCUGCCUGGUUUGGCAGUUUGGACAUCCUGAAAUUAUUAGUGCAGGCUGGCGCAGAACAGAAGGCUGAGAACGAGGAAGGACUGAACAUUUUGCACUGUGCUGCCAUCAACAACCAUACUGAAAUCGUAGACUAUAUUGUCAAUGACCUACAGAUGAAAGAACUUGACAAAGACGACCUGUCAGGGCACCGGGCAUUUGCAUUGGCUGCAGAACACGGGUGUGUAAAAAUGUUACAGGUCCUCAUGGAGCCAUACAAUAUGGCCACCAUGAAGCCCAGCAAGAGAGGGGACACGCCCCUGCACUUAGCUGCCAGGAACGGCCACUUGGAUGCCGUCCAGGUGCUGCUGCAGAGCUUUGAUACUCGGGAUGAAGUCAAUAUGGAUGGUGAGACCGCUUUGUACCAGGCUGCAGACAACGGUCAGGAAGACUGUGUUCAGGUUCUGCUGGAUGCCGGCUGUGACCCCAACAUACUCACAGUGGCCAAAUGCAGCGCUCUCCACACAGUUGCCGAAAGAGGAGAUGCAGCUCUUGUUCAAGUUCUCUUACAGUGCAAUGCCCAGACGGACUUUCAAAAUCAGGAACUAGAGACACCUCUCCACCUGGCAGUGAAGAACAGCCACAUCCCUGUUAUCUACUACCUAUUGGGGGCUGGCUGCAACAUCAAUGCCACAGAUAAGAGGUCUCAGACUGCUCUGCACCUUGCUGCUGAGACUGCCAAAGCUGAGGUUGUAGAAAUGCUUCUUAAAGCUGGGCCUGAUCUAACAAUCCAGGACCGGCAGGGGAAGACUGCUCUGGGUGUUGCAGCAAGAGCUGAUGAGGUGAACAUUGUGGACAUGAUCAUCAAAGCAGAACGAUACUAUGACCAGAAAAAGGCUAACCCCGAGCUUAAUGAGAUUGUUCGCACCGAGCAUGCACUAACGUUCAAAUUUGACCGCCGCAACGAGACCAAGGAGCUCUAUUCGAUGGCCUGGCGCCUAGCGUACAAGCUCCUGAAACCAGGAGACUGGAAAAAACUGGCAAAACACUGGGGCUUUACUCAGGAGCAAGUGUCUGCCAUCGAGGAGCAGUGGACAGGUAAACACAGCUAUCAAGAACAUGGGAACAGGAUGCUGCUGAUCUGGUUUCAUGGGGAGGAACUGGCUCUGAAGGCCCCCGCUAAAGACCUCUACCAGGGCCUCAUCUACAUAGGGAACACAAAAGCUGCAGAUAAGAUUCGGCUGGAGGCAGAGCAUGUGAGCAGUAAAAAAUGCAGCGUUUCAUGAGGAGGAGCGCUACUGUAAUUAAGACUGUUUGCAUUACUGUCAACGAAUCAUCUGUACAGAAAGUUUGCAGUAAAAUAUUUUAUUUUAGAAAUAAUGUUGUGC